AUGUUGUUCCGAUCCGCUCUCUUUUACGCAUCGCUCGCCUGCCUGCUCGCUCUCGCCGCCACUCUCGACAAGAAGGUCGUGCACGUGCCAGGCUUUCCAGAGAGCCCGCUGUUCUCGCACGCAGUCAUCAGUGGAGGCACAAUCUACGUCGCCGGCACCGUCGGCGUCAACAUGACGUCUGUGCGGGACGGGAGGCCGACCCUGUGCGCGGGCGGCAUCAAGGCCGAGACUGCAUGCGCCUUUGCCAUGAUUGGCGAGGUCCUAAAGGCUGCGGGUCCAGGCACCACCCUCGACAACAUUCUCGACUGCACAGUCUUCGUCGGAGACCUCGCGCGCGACUAUGCGCCGCUCAAUGAGGCGUACACCAAGAUCUUUCCGAAGGACCCGCCGGCGAGGGCGGCCUUUGGAGCCAAGGGGCUCGCACUGAACGCAGCCGCCGAGUUCAAGUGCGUGGCGGCCCUCUGA